GCCUGGUGGGCAAUGUAGAGCAGUGCUGCAGUGGUCCAUCAAAUACAGAUAUGUUUCAUUAUUAUUUAUUUUGUUAUUAUAUUUGAGAAUUACCUUCAUUAGUGAGACAGACCAUGAACAGAUAGAAGAAGAGGGAGGGAGUUACCUGACCAAAAGAGAGGAUUGUGCAUGCAUGUUUUUCGGUAAAAGUUAAGGGUACCUGAUUUUGAUGAUCAGUCGAUGUUGAAAGUGGGAAGAAGAGGUUUAGGUGAGUUGUGAAAGCAGUAAAAUCUUGAAAGUUUCAGCCUUUUAAUUUCACUCCAACCCCUUCUUUUCUCCUAGCUCCCUCAAAAUCCUACCACAGCUAAUGAGUUCAUUGCGGUUUCAAUUACCUAACCGUCUCAACUUGCUCUUCCUCAUUUUUGCAAUCUUGUGGACUUGUCAUGAGGCAGUAACAGACACACUCAAACCAGGGGACACUCUCAAUUCCUCAAGUUUCUUAGUUUCUGCAAAGGGGAAGUUCACUUUGGGUUUCCAUGUAAUUAAUCCAAAUUCCAAGUCCAGCUACCUAGCCAUAUGGCAGAACUACCUAAACACAUGGCAGAAGACAGGUAAAAGUCACGCAUGGAUUGGCAACAGAUACUCACCAAUAGUAGACCCUUUGGGAGUUCUGACAUUGGACGUCAAUAAAACAUUGAAAAUUAUGCACAAAGGUGGGGAUCCUGUGGUGCUUUACCCUGCUUCUGGACCUACCAGUAUUAACAGUAUUAGUAGUGUUGUGGCAACUCUAUUGGAUUCUGGAAAUUUUGUCAUGCAAGAACUGAACCCUGACGGAUCAAUGAAGCGUGUACUGUGGCAAAGUUUUGAUUAUCCUACACACACCCUUUUGCCCGGCAUGAAAGUAGGAGUUAACCACAGAAAUGGCCACAUUUGGUCGAUUUCAUCAUGGUCAAGUGUGUAUUGGCCAGCACCAGGGCCUUUCACCCUUGUUUGGGACCCUAAUGGACGUGAACUGAAAAUCAAGCGACGAGGGGUGGUUUAUUGGACGAGUGGAAUCUUUAGAGAUGGGCAAUUUGAAUUUAUGAAACCUUAUGAUGAUAUGGGUAUGGUCAGGUUUGAGUUUAGCAUUGUUUCAAAUGAGAAUGAAGACUACUUCACUUACACUACUGCUAGUGUCAAUCAAAGUCAUAAACCAGAAUGGGUUCUAAACAUAUUUGGGCAACUCCUUGAAUUAGAAGGAAAUGUUAUUGCACCAGCAGAUCAGUGUUAUGGCUUUAACACUGAUAAAGGGUGCCAGAGUCGGGACUAUCCCAGUUGCAGGCAUAUUGGUGACACAUUUGUUGAGAACAAUGGUUACUUCAUAUCACUCACAUCCAAUCAGGCAACUGAGGAUGAUUUAAAUACAAGUCUCACCCUUAGCGAUUGCAAGGAAGCUUGUUGGCAAGAUUGUGACUGUCUUGGAUUCCUGUCUCUCUUCGAUAAUCAGACUGGAUGCAAAUUUUGGGUGGGAAACUGGGUCUUUAGUUCGCAUGACCUCUUUGGUUAUAGUAAUCCAAGAAUUUUUAUCCUAUCUGAGUUAUCUCGCAAUGAUACGAACAGUGCAGAUACAGCCAAUGAAGUAUCAGAUACUAAUAGAUGGAUAUGGAUUGGUACUUCCAUAGCUAGUGCUCUGUUGGUAAUGGUCAUUUGCAUCUUGUGUUUUCUCCUAAGAAGAAAAUUUCUCCCUUCAGGGAAACGCCAGCAAAAGAUUGAGAAGGAAUUGCUUGAUUUGGUGCAAUCUGAUCAAUCUUUUAAUGUCAAGGGGCUUCCAAAUGAUGAAAAGGUGGGACAUAGUGAUUUAGGAGUUCAUACUUAUGCAUCUGUCUUGGCCGCUACAAGCAACUUCUCUGAAGAAAACAAACUUGGAGAGGGGGGAUUUGGACCUGUUUAUAGGGGAAAGUCAGUGACAGGAAGAGACAUAGCUGUGAAAAGACUUUCCAGAUGUUCAGGGCAAGGAGCAUUGGAGUUUAAGAAUGAAUUGAUACUAAUAUCUGAACUCCAACAUACGAACCUUGUUCAACUUUUGGGAUUUUGCACUCAUGGGGAAGAGAGGAUGUUGAUAUAUGAGUAUAUGCCAAACAAAAGCUUGGACUACUUUUUGUUUGAUUCAGCCAGAGUGAUGCUACUAGAUUGGAAUAAGCGUUUCAGUAUAAUAGAAGGAAUCGCUCAAGGAUUGCUUUAUUUGCACAAAUACUCAAGAGUGAGAGUAAUUCAUAGAGAUUUGAAAGCUAGUAACAUACUACUUGAUGAAAACAUGAUUCCCAAAAUUUCGGACUUUGGGAUGGCAAGGAUUUUCUCGCACAAUGAACCACAAGCAAAUACUAACAGGGUUGUUGGCACAUAUGGUUACAUGUCUCCUGAGUAUGCCAUGCAAGGAACUUUCUCCAUAAAAUCUGAUGUCUACAGUUUUGGUGUAAUGAUGCUUGAAAUCAUAAGUGGCAGGAAAAACAACAGCUUCCACAACGAUGAUCGAGUGCUCAAUAUAGUAGGAUAUGCAUGGGAGUUGUGGAAGGAUGGUCGUGGGCUAGAAUUAAUGGAUCCAACACUAUCCGAUUCUUGUAUUGAGGAUCAAUUUUUAAGAUGCAUCCAUGUCGGUCUGUUAUGUGUCGAAGAAAAUGCAGUUGAUCGGCCCACCAUAUCAGAUAUCAUAUCUAUGCUGACAAAUGAAAGCAUUUAUCUACCUGUACCUACAAAGCCAGCAUUUUAUACAGAAAGAAAAGUUGUCAGGGCUGGUAUAGAUGGAAACGGAUCAGAAAUUAUAUCAGUAAAUGGUAUGUCCAAUUCUGAAUUUGAGGCACGUUAACGGUACUAAUACAUGCAUUAUGUAUCCAUUUUAUUGUUGCUCACCACUUGAGCUCUCGCCCUAUAUGUACUCAGCCUGUUAAAGAUGCUUGUAACACCGUUUUUCACAUAUGCAGACAGACUCAAAAUUCAUUGACACGUA